UGGCCAUCAAAUUAGAAUGUAUCAAGACCAAGCAUCCUCAAUUGCACAUCGAAUCGCGGUUCUACCGGAUCAUGCAAGGCGGGGUGGGCAUCCCCGCCAUCAAAUGGUGCGGGUCCGAGGGUGACUUCAAUGUCAUGGUCAUGGAAUUGCUCGGCCCAAGUCUGGAGGACUUGUUCAACUUCUGCUCGCGUCGAUUCAGACUCAAAACCGUCCUCCUUCUCGCCGACCAGCUCAUAUCCCGCAUUGAAUACAUCCAUUCCAAGGACUUUAUCCAUCGAGACAUCAAACCAGACAACUUUCUUAUGGGCCUAGGGAAGAAAGGCAAUCUCGUAUACAUCAUCGACUUUGGCCUGGCCAAAAAGUAUCGAGAUUCCCGUAAUCACCAACACAUCCGCUACCGCGAGAACAAGAAUCUGACGGGUACGGCCCGCUAUGCCAGUGUUCACACUCACAUGGGGAUCGAGCAGAGUCGACGAGACGACAUGGAGUCCCUGGGUUACAUCCUCAUGUAUUUUGUCACGGGAACCCUCCCCUGGCAAGGCCUGAGGGCGGUCACCAAGCAACAGAAAUACGAGAGGAUCUCCGAAAAGAAAAUGGCCACCCCUGUGGAGACCUUAUGCAAAGGAACGCCCAUUGAAUUUGCCACGUAUUUGGAGUAUUGUCGAACGUUGAGAUUCGAGGAAUGGCCGGAUUACAGUUAUCUGCGGGAGUUGUUUCGGAAUCUAUUACACAAGCAGGGCUUCACCUAUGACUAUGUUUUCGAUUGGAACAUGCUUAAAUUCGGGGGUCCUCAGCAAGAUUCCGAAGCCCACGGGGCCAAUGGGGCGGGGGGCGAUCACAAAGACCGGAAUAAACGUCGAUAUCUGCGGCAACCGCAAACCCCUGAAUGUGUGGGUGAGGGCAUGCCUGGACUCGUCAACGGGGGCGGGGGAGGAGGAGGGGCCGAUGCCAUGGACAUAGGACACAAGACUGUACAGCAAAUGGCGCCGCCCGAGGUUCCAUCCACCAACACGGGGGCACAUUUCGCAGUGACCUCUCGACGUGGUUCGAAGGAAACCGGAGGCACGCCCAGUAGUUCACGACACAUGAAGAAAUGAUGAAGAACGUCUAAAUCAACGGCAAUCAACUAGAGAUGAAUCAGAACUACAGCAACUUUGUUUUAACCCAUACGUGUGCAUUAUCUUUCAUUUGCCAGCAAAUCAACGCCGAAUUUCUUUCCCCUCUCCGUCCCUACCUCCCUCCCUGAGUAACCCCAAAUAACUUCGCGAUCUGGAGACUAAAUAUUUGAACUAUUUUUCAGUGAUUCCUUUUUUUAGAUAAUUGCACCCCAUCUAGGAUCUAUGAUAGGAUCCGAUGUGGUCUACGAGUUGGUCACGCCACAGUGGUUGUCAUUGAGAAUCCUCGUCUUUUUGUGUUUUGCUUGCUUUUGUCACGUGUGUAGAUACGGAAACCAGAAAUGGACCGAGGACUCGUGCGUUUUUUUUGUGUAUGUAUUUUGAUCACGUAUGGGAACACGCCCCGCCCCCUUAUUUGACGAGAACAACGCCUCCCCCCUAUCUCUCUGUGCCCACUCUCUCUCUCUCUCUCUUGUGCUUCAACAACAAUAACCGUUGCCACUACUUGUGUACUUCAAGGAAUUGCCUCUUCUUCCUCCUCAUUUCACCAAAUUCGCUGCUGAUCCCGUUGUUCAUGUUGAAUCACUCGCCAGACCAUGUUUGCAAGGGAAAUAAAGCGAAACCACCUCAGUA